AUCUCCCCGUCUGAUGAUGAUGAUGAUCAAUCAUAAUGAUGAUUUGAGUCUGUUUUGAAUCUUUUGCGUUCUGGGAUGGUGUUAACAGAAUUCUUGGCUGUAGAUUGAAUUGUAACAGAACUAAACCUAACACCUAGGUAGUUGAAUAAAAUUUAUGGUCAAUAACAUGAGUGAAUUACAAGAAAACCAACCUUUUGAGACGGCUGAUAUUGCAGCUGACUUCUGUAUCAAACGUGAGCCGAUCGAAAUUGAGGCAGACGACUUUCCUGGGGCGGACGAUAAUGCAAUUUUGGAGCCGCUGUUUACCGAACAAUGGAAUCCGAAAAAUGGGUUCGAUCAACGAUCAAUGGCGGUGGAUGAUCCUCUAGCAAUUAAGAAAAAGAGAAAAACUUCCCCUCAAAAACCAGCAAAAUCGAAAAAAAUGAAAUCAAAAAAAAAGUUUGAAUGCCCGGAAGUUGGUUGCAAAUACUCAUGCGUCUUGGCUAAGACGUUGAAAACGCAUCGUCGUAAACACGAGAAAAGCGAAGCCGUAGAUAUGGCUGGCGUUGAAAUACGAGUCGAAAAGUGUGCUCGAAAGGGUGGAAAAUUGCUGUACAAAUGCAGCCGAUGCCAAACGGCUUUCCUGAAACGAGCUUCCGUCGAGGCACACAUUGCCAGUGUUCACAUGGACGUUAAACGUUACACGUGCAACGCCUGCGGCCGAGGCUUUCACCGUUCGAGAGAUUUGGAGGAACACACUCGAACGCACACCGGAGAGCGACCGUUCGGAUGCCCCAUGGAGGGCUGUGAUUAUUCGUCGUCUUGGUGCACUACCGUCUACCGGCACGUCCGGCGGCACCACAAGCACUAUACAGGCGAGUUGACCCCGAAAGCCGUGACGAAAGCACGUCCACUGCCGACGAAAGAAAGCGACGGUGUUAAAGCAAACGUCGUUGAAAACCACAAGGAAAAGCCACGUGAAGUGAGUGUAACUAUUGAGGCGAAUCCCGAUGCGGCCUCCGUGGAACAUAUUACAGAUCUGAUGGAUGCCGAUGAUGAUGAAAAAUUGUCCCCCUAUGAAGAGAUUAAUAUAAAUGACAACUCUGGAGCGCAAUACACGUGCAACAUAUGUUCGGUGGACUUCGAGCAGCUACUGGCCAUCAAACGACAUAUUCAUAAGGAUCACGCCGACGUAAAGAAGCGUAGCUGCAAUUUGUGCGGAAUCGCGUUGUCCAACGCUCACAAUCUCACGCCGCACAUGAGAAUUCAUACGGGCGAGCGACCAUUCAAAUGUGGAUCAUGUGAGCAGGAUUUCGUAACGGUUAGCGACCUCAGAAGGCACGGUCGCAGAUUUAACCACACUCAUGAUCAUUUGAUGAGAAAAUGGUGCAAGUGUAUUGUUUGUCGUAAGUCCUUUCACAGUAUCCAAGAGCUCGAAGACCAUGUAGUGGAACACAUCGAAGAUUCUGAUGCGCUCAAAGCCGAAGCCAGCAAAAAAAUGACUAUUUACGAAGCUGUAAAAAUAACGAUAAACAGCACGUCCGUUGAUUCAGAUGAGACUUACAUUUGCAAUAUCUGUAACAAGGAGAUUAGUACACUCUCCUUAGCUAAGGGUCACGUUGUCAAGCAACAUAAAGAAGUAAAAAGGCUAAGUUGCGUCUACUGUGGAUUCACCGCCGAUACGCGGUCCGCCUUGAGCACCCAUGUAAGGACUCACUCUGAAUCCAUAGCAUUCAAAUGUUCUCACAUACUUUGCAAUCAUUCCACCAAACUAUUCGGGGAUCAUCAACGGCACAUUCGCAAUUGUACGAAGGCAAAAGACAUAGAAAUCCUCGACGCAAUGUUUUCACAAUCCGAAGGAGCCAAACGCGGAGCACCGUUGACUCGCUUCGAACGUGCAAACAUCUCUACCAACACCGAGGACCAAAGUGGCAAAACACAGCUGAAGUGCGCCAUCUGUCAGGCGGAGUUCGACCAGCUUGGCACGACACGAGAGCAUCUCAAGCUCAAACACGCUCAAAUUCACCGUUACGGCUGUCCGCACUGUGAGAGCACGUUCUUGAACGCUCACAGUUUGGCACAGCACAUGGCGGAGCACAAGGAAGCACAACCAUUGCGGCGGUGCCCCGUAGAGGGGUGUCAUUUCACCAUGGUGACCGAUGAGGAUCAGAAGAAGCACCAACGGUGGCACGAGAAAAAAACCAACCCCCGUCCGAAGCGGUUCGUGUGCGAGGUUUGUGGCAAGAAUUUCGAGAUUAAGGGAAGUCUGCUACGUCACAUGAGCAAGAAGCAUAAAACGCAAAAGUGAGUAAAAUGAAGCCAAUCUUGGAAGGUGAAUUGGGCCUUCGUACCUCAACUUUAUUUAGAUUUCCUCGUGAUUAUUGUUAGGUAAGCUUAUUACCCACCUAUUAAUAAAAAAACAUCUCAGCAUC